UUUAACCUAUAAGGUACAAGUACAAACUAAAAGUUUUUUAUCCUAAAGAACAGUAUCUUAGGAAUAAUUUGGGAAUUAUGUCCUGACCAAUUCUAUUUUAUUUCAAUUUAUAAAAUGUAUGGAAUAUUUAUUUGAGAAGAAUAUCAUAUAUGAUUAUUUUAGAAGAAUACAUUCAAAAAAGACGAUAAUUAUUCCCAUUAUCGUCUCUUUUGAAGUCAAAUAUUUUAUUCAAAAUGUGUGAACGGAUUAUUGAAGGAAGAAAAAGGAAGCCCAAAAAUGAAGAGGAUGAAGCUAUGGGUUUUGGGGAUUUUGGAGGUUAUUUUGAGGCUAAGAAAUCUAAACUAGUAGAACAAUAUAUGCAAACAGCAGCAACUACCAAAUUGAAAUCGAGAAUAUUUGAAGGAGUUGCAAUAUUUGUAAAUGGCCUAACUAACCCCAAUGCAACGGAAUUGAAGAAACUUAUGGCAGAACAUGGGGGUAUAUAUCAUGGUUAUCAAAUGUCCAGCACAACACAUAUAAUAGCAUCAAAUUUAGCUUAUGCUAAAACAAAAAAUUUGGGUAGUACACCUAUAGUUAAAGCAUCUUGGAUUACAGAUAGUAUUAAUUCAAAUAAACUAGCAGAUUAUAGAAGAUAUCUACUCUUCUCCAACCAAAGUAAGGUCCAACCAAGCCUUAAUUUUCCUGUACUCCAAGAGUUGAAAAAACAACAGGAAAAUUAUGGUGGUGAAUAUGAAAGAAUUGUGAACACUCGACCUACAGUGAAUAAGGGUGAUAUUAAUGGAGAAAAUGAUUCCAUAGUUUCUUCUGAUUUGAUCAAUAAAAAAGUUACUGAACUUGCCACUAUUGAUGAUGUAAAAAGUAGAAUAUCUAAAACAGCUUCAGAUCCAGAUUUUUUAGAGGAAUUUUACAAUAAUUCCAGGCUGCAUCUUAUUGCUACCAUGGGGGCCGAAUUCAAACAACUUGUAACACAAAUGCGAAAAAAAUCUAAUGGAAAAUUUUUGGGAAAAGAACAACUUUUAUCAAAAGGUAAUCCCGAUAAUAAGAGACACUAUUCUGCAGUUGUGAUGCAUAUAGAUAUGGACUGUUUUUUUGUCUCUGUUGGUUUGAGGAAAAGGCCAGAAUUAAGAGGGAAACCUGUUGCUGUUACACAUGCUCGAAACAGUCAGAUUUCAUCCAAUAUGCCUGGAAGAUCAAUAGAAAUAGCUAUGAACCUUGAAAGGGCUCCUGAAAAUAUUGUGGAGAAAAUUUCAAAUUUAGACAGUCAUUCCUCAAUGUCUGAAAUUGCCUGCUGUAGUUAUGAGGCCAGAAAAUAUGGUAUAAAAAACGGAAUGUUCCUCGGAUCUGCUGUUAAACUAUGUCCAGAACUUAAAACUAUACAGUAUGACUUUCAGGAUUACAAAGAAGUAGCAUCUACCCUAUAUGAGACUAUAGCAAAUUACACUUUAGACAUUGAAGCAGUCAGCUGCGAUGAAAUGUAUGUUGAUAUUACCAAAUUAUUAAAUGAUACAGGUUUAACAGUGGAACAAUUUGCAACACAUAUAAGAUCUGAAAUAUUUAAUAAAACAGAGUGUCCUUGCUCUACUGGUUUUGGGGCCAACAAAUUACAAGCUAGAUUGGCUACUAAAAAGGCCAAACCCAAUGGCCAAUUCUACCUGGAAGUGAAUGAUGUCGAGACUUAUUUCUCAGAAGUUUCGCUAAGUGAUCUUCCUGGGGUUGGAAGGGCUACAUUGGGUAAAUUGAAGAGUUUAGGUCUGAACACAUGUGGAGAUGUCCAGGUUACUUCUUUGGUUCUUCUCCAAUCAGAAUUAGGGCAAAAAGUUGGGGAGACUCUUCUAGAACAAGCCAAAGGAAUUGACAGAAAACCAUUGAAUUUCAAUCAUGAACGAAAGUCAGUUUCAGCUGAAAUAAACUAUGGUAUUCGCUUCAAAACACAAGAAGAAUGUUAUAAUUUCUUACAAAGUCUUUCCCAAGAAGUGUUCAAGAGGCUUAGUGAUAUUUCAAUGAGAGCCAAAUGCCUGACAUUAAAACUAAUGAUAAGAGCAGCCAAUGCACCAGUGGAAACAGCAAAAUUCUUGGGACAUGGAAUAUGUGACAGUCUCAGCAAAAGUACAACAACCGAUAUAACCGAUGCUAAAACUAUUUUUAAAGAGGUCAAACAACUCUAUGAUAAGUUUGAUAUCCCUUAUGUUGAUUUGAGGGGUGUGGGGAUACAGUUAUCUAAAUUGGAAAAGAUAGCUCCCACAAAUUCUGUAAUGAAAAACUUUUUGAAUCAAGCAUCUGUUAAAACAGAAGUGAUCAAAGACAUGACAGAAAAUGGAAAAAUGUUUGAAAUUACUUCUGCUAGUGCUAUCAAAACUUCUAUAGAAAAAAAUUCACAAGUUGGAUCCAAAUCAAUAAAAUUUUCUUCAGAAAAUCAAAAUAAAUCGCCUCAAGAAAUAUAUGACAAUUUAAAAAAAAACAAAGAUUCUAAAUCAAAAAGAGGUAGACCACCAGGAAGUAAAACAAAAACAAAACCUAAAAUCAAUCCAUCUCCAAUAUUAGAUAGAUAUUUAAAAAACAUGGGAAUUCCCCUCAAGGGUGAAAAUGGUCGAAAAAAUAAUAACAUUGAUCUAGAAGUACUUAAUGAACUACCAGAAGAUUUACGUAUUGAAAUCAUGAAUGAGUAUAAUCUCAACCAAGGCACUAUUAUUUCUCAAAUAAAAAGUCAAAAAAAAGGAGAGCAUGAUUUCCAGGCACCUCAAGUUCAGAUUGUAAAAAAGUAUUCUAAAAAUAUGAAGAAUAAAUCAUUGUUCGAAGGUCUUAGUUGGGAAGAACUAAAGGAGGCUUUAAAAACUUGGUUAGCAUCAGAAGCAGAACCUUUAGAAUUUGAUAUAAACUUAAUUUCAGCAUAUUUUAGACAACUCGCUAUCACUAGGGAAAUUGAAUAUCUCAAAGUGAUUUUUAGUUUUUUGCAUAGAAAUUUGGCUCAAAUGAACUGUAAAUGGCAUCAAGCUUAUUUAUCCAUGGUGAAUGUCAUGCAACAGGGUAUGGUAGCACGCUAUGGUGCUACAUUGAUGGUACAAAGAAAAUUUCAAUGUUGUUGGUGAAACACUUGUUUAUAGGACAGAGGAAUCAAAUUAUAUUCCAGUGAUUUCAAGCUGGAAUGAUGGGAGAAUCAAUUUAAAUUCUAAAAAAACUGAACAGACGUCAAUUACUUCACAUCAACUCAAAUGAUGUAGUUUAUCAGAUUUUAACUAUUAAUUACAACAAAUAUUGGGGACAGAGUUAAGAAGAACCUUCAAAAUGCAAUCAGUAUUUGAAGCCGGUAUUAUUUCACUUUUCAGAAUUAAGUUGGUUAUGAGAAGAUCUAGGUAUGCAUUUAUGCAACAUCAAAUAACAAUAAUGCAAAAAAAUAGCAAAUUUAACAUUAUAGUUUAAUAUUUCUCGAACGUUAAAUAUCGCGCCAUGUGAAGAAAAAAUAUAAAAAUAUCAAAGAAAAAAAAAAUUAAUAUUCAGAGAUGGAUUUGUCUUGAAACACAAAGGCGAAAAAAUUGGUUUGAACAGAAUAAGCAUAUCCUAAAUGAGGAUAAAACAAAAUGGUGAUUUUUAGUACAAGUCACAGUAGGAAAAACAAUACUUAGAAAUAAUUCAUCAUACGAAGUUAUUGGGCAUUAUACUGGACAGCUUUCUACACUGGAGCCAACAUAUAGAAUUUGUUUCUGGUAAACUGAAUAAGUUUUGCUAUGCAAUUAGAAUAACUGCAAGAUACUUAAAUGAGCAUACAUUAAGAAUGAUAUACCAUGCCAAUUUCGAAUCUGUCAUGAGUCUGAUAUUUUGGGCAGUGGGCACAACUGUAGGAAGCAUUUUUGUUAUCCAAAAAAAGGUUCUGAGAAUCAUAUUAGGAUGGAUUUCAGACAGUCAUGCAGAGGACUUUUCAGUAACUCAAGGGCCAUGGAAAGGAUUAUGCUGGGUAUAAGCUUGAGGGACAGAAUUCCAAAAUACCAAAAAGACGAGAGUAACUGAAAUCAUGAGUAGAAUAGUGAAACUUAAGUGGCAGUGGGUGACACAUGUAACAAGGCAGAGUGUGGAGAGAUGGUCACACAAAGUGACGUUUUGGAGACCUCGAGAGGCGAAAAGAAGCAUAGGAAGACCGAGAAAAAGAUGGAUAGAUGACAUAGUCGAUGUAGCCGGCAAGCAAUGGAUGAGAACAGCUAAAGACAGAGAUGAAUGGAAAAAACUGGAAGAGGCCUAUGUCCGACACUGGAUGAAAGAGAGCUGAAGAAGAAGAUGCAUAGGACUUUUCAAAGAGGAAAGAAUUUUUACAUGGUCUUGCUUGCUUGAUGUUUCUACAAUUUUUAUUAAAAAAACAGGAAUAAAUUGGGAAUUAACAAAGAUUUAAACACUAGUAUGAAACCAGAUCCAUUGACUACACUCUCCUAAACAUCGACUUGGUUUGACUGAAAAAAUCCAUUUAUAACCAAAAUAAAAAGAUUGCUCUUAGAUCUAGAACCGUAUAGUAGAUGACUAUAUGAACCAUGUUUUCUGAAUUAUGCUAAACUUUUGACGUCAUGGCUAUAUUAGCGUUAUUUAUCCAAGUGAUGUAUCCAAGGGGGGGAUGUAUCCCCCCUGAAGAAAUAUCCAUUAUAAGUCACAACUAUUAAUAAUUUAAUUGUGCAAAAAUUUAAUCCACGAAUUCAUCAACCAGGUUAUAUCGAAGGGGCUAGAUUUGAUCCGACUGUCAUCGACACAAUCAUAUGGGCUAUAAAUGCCAAAUUGAUUAUAAACAAUCGCGUAAAAAUCAAUGAGAUCCAGAAGUAAAAGCUCCGAACUACUCGAAUUGAAUCGGUAGCACCCCUGAUAGCAAUUUCUCCAAUUUUUUUAGGAGCCUAAAAUAAAUGAAUAAUAUAAUAUUAUAUCUGAUUAUCCCUUUGUGGCAAAGAAUCGUCUUGUCGGUAUUUUGGAUUCCAUUACUUACUGGCCCAACAUUUUCACUCAUAAAGAUAGUCAAUGGUUUUAGUAUAUUCUGUUGAUUAGUUUGGGUUGGAUUGCGUGAAAUCUUUCUAUUAUAUUCUUUAUUAUAACCCGUCUUUAACUUUUAAUGUGUGUUGCAUAGUCUCAAAACUAAUCAAAAUCUUAUGUGUAAGCAAACUUCUUUGGAAAACUACUUCAAAAGAAGAAAAACUGAUGCCAGCGAAUCUUCAAGUUCUUCGUUUUUUUUUUUUGGGUACAACAGCUGACACUUGGAUAGGUGAAAAGCAAUCUCAAGAACGGUUUGUAAAUUCAAAGGAUAUUGGAAAUGAUACCCAAUUUUUUUUUCGUUUAUAACUCUUUACUAUUCAAUAAUAAUAUUUGAUAAUUGUUAUAUGAUAUUUGUUAUUUGAUGCUGCAUAAAUGCCCACUAAUUUUGAAUGUAUACUGUUCAUGACAAGACAAUAUAAAUAAAUGUCUUGAAAAUAUAUAUAUACAUAGUAUGCAGAAUAAAGAGUCAUUAAUA